AACCGCACAUCUGUUACUUCAGAGCGAUCUACACCGUUCAAUCACAGACGCAACAAGGACCGCGAGAUUCAAUCGAUCCUACGGUCGAAGCAGGCUCUUGGAGUCUCCACGUUCAUCCAAACUCUUUAUAUCUCGUCCUCUCUAGCCAUCAGUUAAAGGCAGACAGCUGGGGCUUGUGUUCAGCCCGUGCCUCUUUCUUCGAGCUAGGGUUUUCUGGUUCUCGCUCUCUUCCAUUUUGAGCUCUAGCACUUGCGGAGAAAAUCGAAGCCAUGGGGAAGUCGUACCCGAAAGUGAGCCCAGAAUACGAGAAGGCCGUGGACAAAGCAAAGAAGAAACUCAGAGGCUUCAUUGCCGAGAAGAACUGCGCUCCUCUAAUGCUUCGUAUCGCGUGGCACUCGGCUGGGACCUACGAUGUGAAUACUAAGACCGGAGGACCUUUUGGAACGAUGAAGCACGCUGCUGAACUCGCCCAUGGCGCCAACAAUGGUCUUGAUAUUGCCGUUAGGCUGUUGCAGCCUAUCAAGGACCAGUACCCUAUCCUCUCAUACGCAGACUUCUAUCAGUUAGCAGGAGUUGUCGCUGUUGAAGUUACAGGUGGACCUGAGGUCCCUUUCCACCCUGGGAGGCAGGACAAACCUGAGCCCCCACCUGAAGGUCGUUUGCCUGAUGCUACAAAGGGUUCGGACCAUUUGAGGGAUGUGUUUUAUCGUAUGGGCCUCAGUGACAAAGACAUUGUUGCACUCUCUGGUGGCCACACGUUGGGGCGAUGCCACAAGGAGCGGUCUGGAUUUGAGGGACCCUGGACUCCUAACCCUCUCAUCUUUGACAACUCCUAUUUUACGGUACUUCUGGCUGGAGACCAGGAAGGCCUUCUGAUGCUGCCAACAGACAAGGCGCUCUUGACAGAUCCUGCCUUCCGUCCAUACGUGGAUAAAUAUGCUGCGGAUGAAGAUGCCUUUUUCGCUGAUUACGCAGAGGCUCAUCUGAAGCUCUCUGAACUAGGAUUUGCUGAAGCCUAAGGUGUUGGCGAAAAGAAGAUGGGUGGGAUGGUGGCUGGCUGGUGGGCUUGCCCUUUUCAUCGUUUUGUUUUUGAUUUUGAGGGAAACCACCCUGGUUAAUUGAUUGAAGUUGUUGGAAUGGUAUUUUGUUUAUUGUUGGUCAUGCAAAAACCAAAAUGUUAUGAAUGCUGUAAUGAUCGUCUUUAAGAAAUAAAUUUGUUGAAGGUAGUUGCUACUUCUA